AACUAGACAGAGAGAAAUAGAAAUAGAGAGAGAGAGACAUGAAGAGCACUCUCAAUAGAGAAGAGAAGGAAGCAUGAAGCUAGCUCUGCAGCUUCAAGGUCUCAUUAAUGGAGGUCUCUAACUCUUGUUCUUCAUUUUCUUCAUCCUCUGUCGACAGUACUAAACCUUCUCCUUCUGAAUCUUCUGUUAAUCUCUCCCUUAGUCUCACAUUUCCUUCUACUUCUCCACAAAGAGAAGCAAGACAAGAUUGGCCACCGAUAAAGUCUAGAUUAAGAGAUACACUAAAGGGUCGUCGUCUUCUUCGUCGUGGUGAUGACACUUCUCUCUUUGUUAAGGUUUAUAUGGAAGGUGUUCCCAUUGGAAGAAAACUCGACCUUUGCGUAUUCUCAGGCUACGAGAGUCUAUUAGAAAAUCUCUCUCACAUGUUCGAUACUUCAAUCAUCUGCGGUAAUCGAGAUCGAAAACAUCAUGUUUUGACAUAUGAAGACAAGGAUGGAGAUUGGAUGAUGGUCGGAGAUAUUCCAUGGGAUAUGUUUCUUGAAACCGUGAGAAGACUAAAGAUCACGAGACCGGAGAGGUAUUAAAACUUGGAUCGGUCAAGGCUGUGAUUGCGCAGUUACGAGACGUGUAAGAUUUAGGCAUUGAUGAAGAGACUUGAGGCGGGACGGAGCUAUUGCUGCAUAUUGCAACAAAGGCCUUGAAGAAGUUGGAGAAUUGAUUGAUGCAUAUAUUUAUUUAUAUGACACCUUUGAGUGUGUUUUUUCUUAUAAAUAAAUCACAAUAUCCAAGACUUCUCUUUUUUGUUCUGAAUAAUAAUAAUGCAAAGAUUUUUUAUAUGUUUGUAAUCGUGUGUUUCUUCGAAUGUGUUACAUGACUAGGAAAAAAGUACACG